GAGUCUUAUUUCUAUCAAGCACCUUUAUUAAUAUUACAUCUAAUUCCCCCAAAAGGUGAUAGAAUGUUACAUCAGAGCCAUCCUCAACUCCAAGGGUACUGCCCAGCGACUGUACUUGAUGAAUCACUACACCAUUGGCGUAAUAUUACAUGGCACAAGGGAACAGAUGGCCAGGCAAGGGUUAAAAAAGGUCACAUUUGAUGACUAUGAUGGAGCCAUUGGAUUUGUUAACAUAAGAAAUGUGCACUGGAAGUUUGUGUAUCUUCAUGCCCUCUCAAGCCACAUUUUUGUGGUUGACCCUCAGCAAGGGUCAAAUGAAGUUGAGGAGUCCAAAAAGGCUGGUCACAGAUUUGGACAAUAUUUCAAGAUGCGCAGGAACAGAUUUGGAAAGGAGGACUGGGUUAACAUCAAGUGGCAGCCUGGCCAGAUAACCCAUACCUUCCAGAAAGAUGUCACCAGUUGUGGGGUCUUUGUCAUGCAGAUGGCCAAGAUGACAGUGAUGGGAUUCCCAAACAUACCACAAACAUUUCACAUUGACUCUGCAAAGAAACGUCUUCAGGUUCUAAGAAGAGAAAUGGCAGAAGAAAUUCUGAAAGGAUCAGUUUCAAAGGAUGACUUCUGUUCCCUGUGUGGAAGUGAGGACCUACCCAAAAAUGUUGCUAAUGCUGUUUGGAUUCAAUGUGAGACUUGCACAAGGUGGUUUCACACACAUUGCCUUGGAAUUACAGCAUCACAAAUACCAAGCACAGAUACCCCCUGGUAUUGUGAGUUGUGCAAGAGCCCUGAGUUGAGUAGCUGAGGGUAAGUUUGACUAACUCUGACCUGAGAUGGAAAAGUUAAGCUCAGGAGAUUUUUGGAAUAGAAUUCAAUAAUCUUUAACAGUAGGACUAUAUUUACAGACUGUAUUUAUGUGGAAGUGUGGUCCAGCCACAAGUUAUAAGCUCAGGUUUGGUUUUUUUUUGGUUUUUUAAAAAAAGCAUUACAUUAUGAAAAAAUAAGGAGAAAUAUGUGCUUCAAACUUUGGGAAACUACAAUAAAUAUCUGUUUUUUAUAUUAGAUUCUUAAUACAAAUUUCAGAUCCAUUCAUCCUUGCAGAUAGAAGUUGUGAACGUAUUUCUGUUUUCUUAUGUUAAAAUUUGGAUUUUUGACUUGCACAGAGAUAUGUAUGGUAUAGUGAUCCGAUGAGUGUUUCUUUUUGCAUAUUUCUUUCUAAAUGCUAAUAGUUAUACUGUAUCAAAAGUCAUAGAAAAUGUGACCCUUUUAUGCUAAUGUUAAAAUUUGUGUGGACAGUGAUUCAAUGAGUGUUUCUUUUUGCAUAUUUCUUUCUAAAUUCUAAUAGUUAUACUGUAUCAAAACUCAUAAUAGAUUAUUUCUCUGAGUCUGGAUUCAUGUCAUGGGGCCAUUGAAUGACUGAAUGUCAAUGUCAGACUUUUGUUUCCCCUUGUGAAUUUUUUUUUUUGAUACAUUGAAUACUUGAAAAAUAAAUGCACUCUAAGAAGUGCACUCUAG